AUUUCUCAAUACAAUAAAAUUCACACAUAUUUUCAUGAAAAUUUACUAAAGAACUUUAAUGUCAUUCAUUUUCAUUCUAUCGCGUUAAAAUAUUGUACUAAAAUGUCACAUCCAUGUACCAAUAACAUAAUUAUUAUUAUAGUAUUCUGAAUGAGUGACCGCCAACAGAAACCGAGCAAAUACUCACUGAAAACAGUAUUUUAUUGUCUGAAGUAUAAUUUAUGAACUGACAACAGAGAGAAUAAUUUAUUUUCACCGCUACUAUAAUUAAUGAAUAAUAAUACUACUAUUACCAGAAAAUUUGCCGAUUUUCCAAAAUAGCUUUUAUAUUCGUAUAUUCACUUGAGAAAAGAGAAGAUUUACAUGAUGGGAAUGGAUGUUCAUGUAUACACAAUCAAACAAGCACACAAAUCCAUUGAAUUUACACACUAGUUCUUGAUCAUAAGUCAUUAUUUUUUCGUGUGAUAUUCUCUACCUGUCUCUUACUUCCCCGUCACUCUCUCGUUUUCUCUCUCUCUCACUGUAUCCUCUAUUCCUGUGUCGAAUCUGUCCUCGAUGUCUUGUUUCAAUUUAACAUUUUAAUGCAAAGAAAGUAUCAGUUGGAUUUAGUGCAAGCAAAAGUUAAGUAAUGUUCAGUCGUAUUAUCACACAUUCAUAUAUUUCUAAAACGUUUUCUAUUGAAGGGGUGAUAGUGUAAAAUAUGCAUCAAAUUCUUAAUAUAUAAACACUCAUACACUCAAUCAAACUAAUGAGGUUAUCAAAGAAAAAUAUAUCAUCAAACCAAAUUUAAUAAUUAAGAUCUUCAUUGACUUGAUCAGAUUGUGUUUGUGUGUGCUUUAUAUUCCAAACAGAGAAACUGAAAAAGAUACUAGGGAGAAGGAAAAUUAAUUAUAUCCAGUUAUAUUAAUUCUUAAUCAAUGAGUGUUCUACUCAGUAUGCAAAAUUCGCAAACUAUUGUUAAUUUGCCAAAACAUAUGAUUGGUUCUAAUUAUACUACAAGUAUAUGCAACCUUGUCAGUGGUAGGCGUAGUGUCGGAAGUGGUGGUGAUGAUGAAGAUGGUAUUUGUAGGAGGAAUCAUAUAACAGCAACAACACUAUCCAAUUAUCCGUUAAUUCACUCCGAUAGUGAAUGCAUAAGUAUAUCGAAUAGGCCUCAAUAUGAUGUAUAUAUGAGGCAUCCAAUAGUAAUAACAACAACAGAUUCUAUAGAUAAUUUUAAUGAAAAUUUUAUAACACAAUCACAACAUUCUCAAAAACUUGAUUAUCACUGUCUUCAUCAUCUGUCUAACCCACAGCAUCAACAUCAUUCAUCACUUAAUUAUACACUGCCUCAAAUUUCUCACUUAUCACUAGUGGAAUUCAAUUCACCAUUUCAUAUACGACCAAAUAAUCGAUCAAUAUUCUUCAAAAGUAAUCAUCAAAGUGCAUGCGAUAUUUGGGAAAAUUCUAAACCAGACACUGAAUUGACAUCCUGCUUAUCCUCAUCAUCAACAGCAAAAAUAACGUCAUCGUCAUCGUCUUCGUCGUCAAAUAAUCUUGAUCGUCCACAUCAAUUUAUCUCUUCGUCUGUUCCGAGUCAUUACCAUUCGCCUAAUCAACUGCAACAUCAACAGUUACAGCAGAACUUUUUACAUGAAAAUCAAAAAAUGUUAAAUUUAUACUCUAAUUCAAUGGAACCAUUUCACAAUAAGAACAAUAAUAGUAUUGGUGAUAGUAAUCAUAGUUCUGAUGUAAAAAAUUCAGGUUUUUCAAAUUAUUCACGUUUCAUUGAAACACAUCAAAGGAAUGUUGAAACGUUCGGUUUUAUUUCUUCAGAAGAAAUGAAUGUGAUGCAAAGUUCCAAUUUCCAACCACCAACAAUUCCACAACAACAGAUUAGUGGUGCUCAUGAUAAUUUAUAUGAAAUAACAAACAAUUCAUGGAAAUUUAUUGACCCUGAACAGUCUGUCCAUAAUACUUCUACUACUGCUACUGCUACUACUACUACUACUACUACUACUACUACUACUACUACUACUACCACUACUACUACUACCAAUAAUCAUAACAGUAGUAGUAAUUUAACUGAUAAAUUUAAUACAGUGGGAGAAAAUACCACAGCAAUCACUAAUGUCAGUGGUGAUCGUCGUCGUCGUCGUAGUAGUAGUAGUAAUAAUAAUAAUAAUAAUCACACUAUUAAUGAGAGUUUGCAUUCAUUUACUCCAUCUGAUCCAAUUCGUAAUAAUUUAUCAACCAAUUACUUACAUUACUCGAAUAUAUCAAAUGCACUGACAACACCGCAUUGUUUAUCAUCAAAAUUCGUGUCUUCUGCAUCGCAUUUUAGAUUAGGUGGGUCAAUAUUAUCAAAGAGCAAUCAACAUACACUGCAAAGUUCAUUUCACCUAGAUAAAGAUGAUCUCUUAUUAGAUAAAUAUUCGAAUCAAAAUACUAUUAAUUCUAUAAGUAAUAUCAACACUAAUACUACUACUAAUAAUAAUGGUAAUAUUAAUCGUCAGCCAAAUCUUACUGUUAUCUAUCCUUGGAUGAAACGUGUACACUCGAAAGCUUCUAAACAAACCACCGGGAAGUCUAUGACUACAAAGCAUCAGGUUAAAAAACAGCCUACAUCAGUAAAUCCAAUUCAACAGUUAGAAACCAGUGAAGUAGUACAGCGUCAUCAGCAUCAUACAGGACAUUUUAAACACACUGAGCUGAAAUCUAGUGUGAAACACAGUGGCACUGAUCAAUUUGGUUUGAAUGAACCAUUUUCACCUCCAUCUUCAUUCUUUCAAGAACAGACAGUAGGAGCAACAACUGCUGCACAGGAAAAUACAGCAGGUCGAGUCAGCUGGGCAGAAGGUGAUCAGGAACGUCGCCAUAAACAACAUGGUUACCUGAUGGAAUUAUCUACAGACCUAAUCAAGUCAUCUAAAUGUAUCACAGACCCUUUAUCUUCUUCUUCCUUAGAUGAAAUGGACGAUAUCUACUAUAUAACUCAACCAAACGACCCAAAACGUACACGCACCGCAUACACACGUCAACAGAUAUUAGAACUGGAAAAGGAAUUCCACUACAAUAAGUACUUAACUCGGAAAAGACGAUUAGAGAUAGCACACACCUUGACAUUGUCUGAGAGGCAAAUUAAAAUAUGGUUUCAAAAUCGUCGCAUGAAAUGGAAAAAGGAGCAUCAUUUACCAGGCAUGAAACAACGAUUAAUUGAAUCACGAUCACCAAAUACUAGCCUGGGUAGAAGCCACACUAAUUUUGAUAAUAAAAAUAAUGAUCUCAUGAUAAAUGUCAGCACAACUACUAAUAGUAAUAGCAGCGGUUGUCAGAAUCCUUUAUCUAGUCGUAAUUUGUCAUUCCAAACAUCAUCAUUAUUUCCUAAUGCAUUCCAAACGAUGACACAAAAUCUAAAACCACUCUGUUCACUUGAUUCAACAAAUUUUACAUCUAAUAAUUCAUCUAAUUGUCCAAUAGCUUCUUCUUCUGAUGACGGUAUAUCAGCAACCAUGUCUUUGACUGACCAAUGGUCAUCAGUGAUUUCAAAUAACCUGUAUAUGCAUAACACUACAACGGCAAUAAAUACACCUUAUCCUUCUCUAUCACUUUCCACUCAACAUCAUUCUUGUCGGAAUUAUCUUCAUGCAAGUGGAGUCUACAAUAAUUCUGUUGGUAGAAAUAGUCCGAUUUUAUCAGAGUAUGUAUCACCUAUAUUCAACAGUGAUUAUUCACACCUUCAUUCAAGUCAGCUACAGACAAGUCAAAGUUGUAUUAAUAAUAAUGCUCCUAAUUUGUAUCCAGACAACACUUCAAGUGGCAGUGUGUCUAAUGAUUCGAGGUAUCAUACUACAUCAAUCAAUGUUCAUUUAUCAAAAAUGAUUAGACAUACAUAUCCAUCGAAUACAAUGGAAAUGGAUGAACAACAAAAUUUAUGUUUAAUAAGAAAUUGCAGUAAUCAAAGCGAAUGUGGUAGCAGUAUAUGCAGUGGACAAAACAGCAACUGUGGCAGUAGUGGUAUUACUAAUAGUAGUAUUCACAGUAGAGAAGCUACUGGUUGAAGAAUUUAAUGAUAUUGUCAACGGAUAAAUUAAUGUUUAAAUAUGAACAUCUUAAUAAAAUCACCUUUACAUGAAAGGUAUAUAUAUAUAUAUAACCCUUCACUCCAUAAGUAUCAUGGAGCAAUGUCAUAUCCUAUAAAACACAUUCCACUAGCUAGUACAAACAAGAGUAUUAAUGAAUUACUGUUGGCAGCAACUGCGAAAGAUUCUAUAUAUUCUAUAUUCCUGGAUUAAGAAUUACCUGCAUGCUAAUAAUAUAUAUAUAUAUAUAUAAACAUAAUUAUCUCAUUUUGCUAUUACUACUUGUGCAUGUCACGAACAAGUAAUAAUAAUGAUAUGGUGAAAAUAUUUUUUAUCUAUUAUACUUUUGUACAAGUUGUUUUUCCUCAAAGCUGUUCUUUUUCACAUAAUUUAUGGUCACUUAGUAUGUUUGAUGAUUUUGUUUAAAAGUGGUGUUAAAGAAAGUGACUACUUACAUGUACAGUUUUACGAGUAUAUUCAGUAAACACUAUAAUACUGUUUUGCAUGGGAAUGAAGCGUCAUUUCUGCUUCUGUUAUCACUUAUAACACUGGUAUAAAUUAAAUAAAAUAAGUGCAAGAAUGAUUAUACUUCUUAACCACUUUUUUGUAAAGGACAAACGGAAACAUAAUUGUGCUUUCUUCAGUAACAAAAAAUAAAUCCAAAAAUGACAUUAUAAAUAUUUAUUUUUAAACUUCGCGCAGUAACUACUCUGUCUUAUGUACUGAUACGGGCAUAUAACUGGUUGAUUGUGAAUAAAAUUACCUCAAAAGUGUUAAAUUCUCACCUACACAAUUAAUUGCAAGCUAACCACUGUUUAAUCUGUAGUAUUAAAGUCAUAGAUGCAGAAGUCUAGUGUCUGUUCUAAGCUGUUAUUUAGUGAAAACGCGAGGGAAAUAUCUACGUAUGU